AUCACGAUGGGGCGCGGCGCGGUUUUGCUAACCAGCAGCACGCGAUUCCCCAGCAUCUCAAACGCCUCGAACUCUGGGGCAACGCUUUUUCGGCCGGAGUCUGCUAGGGGGGAGAGGUUAGUAAGGUACAAGCACUUGGCAUCAUAUACUUCGGUCUCCCUGCACCGAUCCAAUCACCGAGACUCGUCCUUACCUCCACGGCCUAAGCGCCAAUCAAUAUGCAGACGGUGGCCUCCGGGCAAAAAAUAGUUUACUCCUUAACAAUAGCCCUCUUUCUGUAACCUCAAGAGGUACUGACGGACAGCUCAACGGCCCGACAAUAACAUUCUUCUGUUCGGGCACCAUUCGGAAGAGAGACCCAAGAGCUGGGCAUCCGUGGUCCUACAAGUGUCCAUGGUACAAAGUAGUCUUCCUCUAGACAGUUUCCUCUCUUCCAAUAAGCACUCAAGUUACACCUUCUAACGAUCUGUUGUCUCCAAUCAAGAAUGACUGCAACAUGCAUCGACGGCAUUCCAGUCUUUCUGGGUGCUUCUAGCCUUUUUAGCUUCUGCUGAAUGUAAUACGGGU